AUGUCUGGGAACAAAUAUCUCAUGUUCAAUCUAGCGGCAGUUGCUACAGCGGCCCCCUUCUUUGCCAAGCAUCAGUCUGUGGGUGGUAAAGUGUCUAUAACCAUUGCUACUACCAACGAUGUCUAUUCAAUGUAUGCUCGUCCAAUGUCUGGGAAUGGUUAUUACUUUGAGGGUACUCCUUCUGAGCAGUUUUAUUCGAUCUGUGAGAAGGAUGCUGACACUUGUUACGGUACGGCGGGUGCGAUGGGAUUUCCCGAAGCUUCUGUUGAUAAACUGUAUAAUAUCGAUCUAUCAGCCACCGGUGGUAAGGUGAUGACCAAGGAGGACAGUGGUUGUGUGGAUCCUUCUAAGUUCGAUGAUAUGGUUCGUGAUCCUUCAUCUGCAUGGGGUAAUACGGCCCAAAUGGCAGGCACCUAUAAGUACCUUGGUCUGACUGCCGAUACUGAUGAGUAUAUCAGCAUGCUCCCCGGCGAUUUCGUUGCUAUGUCUUACCUCUCCUCCAUCACGUAUGGUCAGCAUAUGGUGGAUAUGAUGAACGCUGGUGAGAUAGACUUGGUGGCAUUUGGGAAUCAUGAAUUCCAGUUCAAGAAUAAGUGCCCUCCUGCAGACCUCGGUAACCAUCCCGAGUAUAAUGAUGUGUGUGUUGCAUGGAAUAUGGCCACUGGCAACUUCCUCUACCUCAGCAAUAACGUCUUUGAGGAUGCUAAGAAGACCAAGCUAUUCGGUUCUACUCUGAAGGUCCCUGAUGAGAUCUCAUUUGUCAAUGCCACCGUGCCAAAGAACAAGAAGAUCUUCAAUGAGGAGACUAGCUACUACGCUCCCUCUGGUGACUACUGGUUUAAGAUGGUCAAGGGCAAGAAGGUUUGCUUCACUGGCACCACUGAGACUUCGGCCGCUAGUGAUAUUGCGGGGAAGAGUAACGUGUGGUUCUCCGAUAUGAUGGAGUCCGCAGUCGAGGCUGCUCGCAAGAUGAAUGAGGAUGGUUGCAACUUGGUUAUCAUCCUCACUCAUCAGCGUGAGGGUUAUGAUGUCCUCUUAUGGAGGAAGGCUGUUGUGGAAGAGGGUAUCAAGAUCGAUGCUAUCAUUGGUGCCCAUGAUCACUUCCCUGCUUUCUUGAAUCUUCAACACCCCACUAAGCCUGAUAUUAUAACUCCUGUGUGGAAGAUGGGUAUGGAUGCUCAAAUCCUCGGCAAGUUCGUAUUUGACUUUGAUGAUCAACAUCCUAAUGGUAAACUCCGCUUCGCUCAUGCCAUUCCGGUGUUGGAUGGUCAGUGUGAUCAGCACUUCAUCGGUACGGACAAUGAGGAGUGGUGGAACAAUAACGUGAUGCAGACCUGGUCACACUGGGUACAGCCUAUCAAGCCUCUCCAGGAUACUAACAUAAGCAAUUUGUUAUUUGCUGGUUUGUACGACACUGCGGAUAUCCGCUCUGCCGAGUCCCGUGCUGGUAACAUGCUGGCUGAUCUAUUCCUACGUAACAUUUCAGCUCAUUUUGCGGCUCUCAGCGGUGGUAAUUUUCGUUAUGGUUUGAGUCAGAACUUCACAAAGCGCCUUCCCCUCGCUGCAUUGGGUUUGUUUGAAGAGAAUCCUUUCCUCGAUGGUAUGGUCUCCUACGACAUAUCCUUAAUGGAGGUCUUUGGCUAUGUGAUCUAUUCGGCUCCAAUCGCCAUGGGCGGUCCUAAUGCGCCGCGUCCGGUCACCUCUGGUUUCGAGAUCGAGAUGGAUCCUACCUCUACUCAACAUGGUGGUGUGAAGUUCAUCCGUUUCACUGGUACGAGUCAUAUGGCUGGUAUUGUCAACCGUACCCAGACUGAAUGUGGUCAUCCGACUUUGAAGUGUGGUGAGAUUAUUUGGAAUGCUGAGGAAGGUUGGAAGGUCGAUCCCUUCACUAUGGUCGUCGUCACUGUUCCUGCGUACAAUGCGAGAUACUCUCCGAACGACGCCCCCACCUUGCGCAGGUCGUACCAUUUGACUCAAAUGUCGGACCUGUGUAGGCGUGGUGCUGAUAGCUACGCCAUCGACCUCAAUGGAGAAUCCACAUCCUUCGCUUGUCCCCCUGGCCCCGACUUCUUCGACUACUUGAAUAAGCAGUUGCCCUGGACUGAUUGUGGAUAUGUCGAUGGUGGCUCUACCACCACUCCCAGUCCGGUCAUCACCACCACAUCAGCUCCUAGUACCCCCAGCAGUACGACAGAAUCCUCUCGUCCUCAUUACACUGAAGAAUCUGUCAAGAAUGCCGAUAAAUUCUGCCAGAGUAAAUCUGCCGGUUCUUACUGCAAGUAUUGGCAAACUUCUGAGGGUCAAGUUUGUCACGGCACUGAAAUAUCGUGCAGUAGCUUGUUGGUUGAGGGGCGGAGAUUGGCAUCAGUUGCUGAUGCCGACUCUUCGACCUGUUGGGCUCGUCUCGACUCCACUAUUCUCAAGAGGUCUGUUCAUGUCUGGACUGAUGAAGCUGUUACUCCUGAGGAUGCUGAGGUUAUUGAUACUUCAACUCCGAUGGCCGAAGGAUCAGUUGGUGCUGGUCUGCUCCUCCCUAAACCAUGGUAUGUUGGUGGUGAGCAUCCUGAGGAUCUGAAGGUCUAUGGCAUUAGCGAUCCCGAUGUUGAGUCUAUGGAGUUGGCUAAUCUUCCGGUUCGUCGUUGGUUAGAGAAGGCGUCUGGUGCUAGCGAGGAUGACCUUGUGCUGACAUCUCCCGUUGAGAGUCCUAAGAAGACUGUUGGUCAGUUCUACGGCAUGAAGGUUGAUCCUCGCACCAUUCUCGCUCUACAUCAGUAGAGUUUCACGUUAUUGUUCGAGUAAGUCGAGUGAUAUGUAAUGUUGUAAUGGCUUUUUACUGUAGUUUUGUCAGCGAUAAGAAUCGAUGUGUUGUAUACUUGAUGUUGUACCGUACAAUUUCGCGGUUGGUGUAUCUGUUGUAUGUUAUGGAGUUUCUUGAAACUCAGAAAGCUUAUCAUUUCUCUUUCCAUUGUUGUUCUUGUGCCAUAUCUUAUCUC